GCGUUGCAUGAUCAUGAAUUCCUCCUCCAUUUAUAUUCUUGUCUUUCUCCACCUUUGGUUAUGUAGGUUACCAUGCAGAGAUAGUGUGUGCAUCCCAAGUGAGCGUGAGACACUUAUGAAGUUUAAGAAUAAUCUCAUAAAUCCUUCAAAUAGGCUUUGGUCUUGGAAUCAUAAUAAUACCAACUGUUGCCACUGGUAUGGAGUCCUCUGCCACAACGUCACUUCCCAUAUUCUUCAGCUUCACCUCAACACUUCACCUCCUGCUGAUUUCUAUUAUGACUACGAAGUUUAUUGGAGAUCCCGGUUUGGUGGAGAGAUAAGUCCUUGUUUGGCUGAUUUAAAGCAUUUGAAUUACUUGGACUUGAGCGCCAAUGAAUUCCUUGGAGAAGGUAUGUCAAUUCCUUCUUUCCUUGGGACAAUGACUUCCUUGACUCACCUCGACCUCUCUCAUAAUGGAUUCAAUGGGAAGAUUCCUCCUCAGAUUGGGAAUCUCUCAAAUUUGGUGUAUCUUGACCUGAGUUAUGUUGUUGCCAACGGAAGAGUACCCUCUCAGAUCGGGAAUCUCUCUAAGCUUCGAUAUCUUGACUUGAGCGACAAUGAUUUACUUGGAGAAGGUAUGGCAAUUCCUUCUUUCCUUUGUGCAAUGACCUCCUUGACUCACCUCGACCUCUCUGAUACUGGAUUCAUGGGGAAGAUUCCAUCUCAGAUUGGGAAUCUCUCCAAUUUGCUCUACCUUGACCUUGGAUUUAAUAAUCUGUUAGCUGAAAAUGUAGAAUGGGUAUCAAGUAUGUGGAAGCUUGAAUAUCUUGAUUUGAGUAAUAAAAACCUAUCCAAAGCAUUUCAUUGGCUACACACUCUCCAAUCUCUUCCUUCUUUGACCCACCUAUAUUUGUAUCAAUGCACACUCCCUCACUAUAAUGAACCAUCCUUGCUCAACUUCUCAUCUCUGCAAACUCUCGAUCUUUCCCUUACUCGUUAUUCCCCUGCCAUUUCUUUUGUCCCCAAGUGGAUAUUCAAAUUGAAGAAACUUGUUUCUCUUCAAUUACAGGGUAAUGAAAUUCAAGGUCCCAUUCCUGGUGGUAUUCGAAACCUCUCACUUCUUCAAAUUCUUGACUUGUCUGAAAAUUCAUUCUCAUCUUCUAUACCUGAUUGCUUAUACGGUCUUCAUCGUCUCAAGUUCCUCAACCUAGGGGACAACAACUUGCAUGGGACUAUUUCUGAUGCCCUGGGAAAUUUGACUUCUCUUGUUGUACUUGAUUUGUCAUACAAUCAACUUGAAGGAAACAUUCCAACUUCUUUGGGAAAUUUGACUUCUCUUGUUGAACUUGAUUUAUCACGUAAUCAACUUGAAGGAAACAUUCCAACUUCUUUGGGUAAUCUCUGCAACUUAAGGGACAUUGAUUUCUCAAAUCUCAAACUCAACCAACAGGUUAAUGAACUUUUAGAAAUUCUUGCUCCUUGUAUUUCCCAUGGACUCACAAGACUUGCAGUUCAGAGUUCACGACUUUCAGGCCAUCUGACAGAUCAUAUUGGGGCAUUUAAAAAUAUUGACACGUUACUUUUUUCCAACAACUCAAUUGGUGGUGCUCUUCCUAGAUCAUUUGGAAAACUUUCAUCAUUAAGAUAUCUUGAUCUGUCUACUAAUAAAUUCAGUGGAAAUCCAUUUGAAAGUCUUGGAUCACUCUCUAAAUUGUCAUCUCUUUAUAUUGGUGGCAAUCUUUUUCAAACUGUUGUCAAGGAAGAUGAUCUUGCAAAUCUUACAAGCUUGAUGGAGAUUCAUGCAUCAGGGAACAAUUUCACUUUAAAAGUGGGUCCCAAUUGGCUUCCUAAUUUUCAGCUUUUCCAUUUGGAUGUGAGAUCAUGGCAGUUAGGUCCCAGCUUUCCAUCGUGGAUUAAGUCACAAAACAAACUUGAAUAUUUAGACAUGUCUAACGCAGGGAUUAUUGAUUCUAUUCCCACACAGAUGUGGGAAGCACUUCCUCAGGUUUUGUAUUUAAACCUCUCUCAUAAUCACAUCCAUGGUGAGAGUGGGACUACAUUAAAGAAUCCAAUAUCUAUCCCCGUUAUUGAUCUAAGCUCAAAUCACUUGUGUGGUAAAUUACCCUAUCUUUCAAGUGAUGUGUCUCAGUUAGAUCUUUCAAGCAAUUCAUUCUCUGAAUCCAUGAAUGACUUUUUAUGCAAUGAUCAGGACGAGCCAAUGCAAUUACAAUUUCUGAAUCUUGCAUCAAAUAAUUUGUCAGGAGAGAUACCUGAUUGCUGGAUGAAUUGGACAUUUCUUGUGAAUGUAAAUUUACAAAGCAACCAUUUUGUUGGGAACUUACCCCAAUCCAUGGGUUCCUUGGCAGAGCUGCAGUCUUUACAAAUUCGUAACAACACACUCUCAGGAAUAUUUCCAACCAGUUUGAAGAAGAAUAACCAAUUGAUAUCCUUGGACCUUGGGGAAAAUAAUCUUUCAGGAUGUAUUCCAACAUGGGUUGGAGAAAAGCUCUUAAAAGUGAAAAUCCUUCGCCUUCGAUCAAACAGUUUUGCUGGCCACAUUCCAAAUGAAAUAUGUCAGAUGAGUCAUCUUCAGGUUUUAGACCUUGCAGAAAACAAUCUGUCUGGCAAUAUACCGAGCUGUUUUUGUAACUUGAGUGCCAUGACACUAAAGAACCAAAGUACAGAUCCUUCUAUCUAUUCUGAAGCACAAUAUGUUGGUAGCUCUUACUCUUCCAUCUAUAGUAUGGUUAGUGUGCUACUAUGGCUGAAAGGAAGAGGAGAUGAGUAUAGAAACAUUCUGGGUUUGGUAACAAGCAUUGAUCUGUCAAGUAACAAAUUAUUAGGAGAAAUACCUAGAAAAAUCACAAAUCUAAAUGGAUUGAACUUUUUGAACUUGUCCCACAACCAAUUGAUUGGUCAUAUUCCACAAGGCAUUGGUAAUAUGGGAUCAUUACAAUCCAUUGAUUUUUCUAGGAAUCAACUUUCUGGUGAAAUCCCUCCAACCAUUUCAAAAUUGAGCUUUUUGAGCAUGCUAGACGUGUCUUAUAAUCAUUUGAAGGGAAAAAUUCCAACAGGAACUCAAUUGCAAACCUUUGAUGCCUCCAGCUUUAUUGGCAACAAUUUAUGUGGUCUACCACUGCCCAUAAACUGCAGCUCCAAUGGGAAAACUCAUAGUUAUGAAGGAAGUGAUGGGCAUGGAGUGAAUUGGUUUUUUGUUAGUGCGACAAUUGGAUUUGUUGUGGGAUUCUGGAUAGUGAUUGCUCCUUUACUGAUUUGUAGAUCAUGGAGGUAUGCCUAUUUUCAUUUCCUUGAUCAUGUGUGGUUCAAACUUCAAUCUUUUCGCUCAGGUGUGUUUCUUCCCAAAUUGUGCAAAUGCUCGUUGACAAAUGGGUGAGAUCAAAAGCUCAGGUAUGGUGGCUCCAGGACCUGUGCACUCUCUUCAAUUCACCUCAAUUUCUCCACAACCUUUUGAUGCUAUGGAGCUCUCAGAUGAACCUGCCGUUGCUCCAUUCCCGCAAUACUAAGUAGAAGUAUUUUUCUUAAUGAUUGCAAGAAAUAAUUUAAAUGAGUGUAUUUUGAUGCUUAAUGCGUGUUUAGUUUGUAAUAAGGAUGUUGCGCUGCACACCAAUAUGUAGCUACGUAGGGGAUUUGGAAUGUGUCAUUAAUUUAUGUAUUCUGUUGUACAAAAUUUUAAUGCUGGAAGUGGUCUCUCAGACUCUUCCCAUUGAAAACCAGUGUAGUCGGCUUUCAUUAUUUUUGGUUAAUAUAUAUAAAUUGUUCUUUAGUACU